AAUACAUCUAAAUUAUGUCACAAAUUCAUAAUAGUCACUAUACCUAGUGAACUCUAUAUCUAAGCGGAAUGCAGCUAAGAUACAGAUAAGUGACUGGCCUUAUAGUGCCCUACUUAGAACUUUGUAACUAUUCUGUACGUGGGGUUGAGUGCACCUAGCUACAUUGGAUAAGGGCUAUGCGGGUCAAAGGGAUAACCACGCGUUGCGUCUUUCUCUCAAGGGUCGCGUACAUUAUUGCAUCCACUUAGUUAUCCUACCAACGCGGAGCAAACCCCCCCAUACUUCACAAAUAAGAUCUCUAGAGUCCCUGUCAACUUUUGUGCUCGCAGACGAGCCAAGGAGAUAUCAGAGUAUUAACAGAUCACAUCACAAUGGACCGCCGAUCGAUGUACUCUGCGCACGUCUACGAGCCGAAUUUGGGUGAGAAUAGGGGUACUCGCCUACAGCUUCAAACGCAGCUCGAAACCUUCAUCCUUGACUUUCGGCUUGACAACAACUUUGUCUACAGAGAUCAACUACGAGAGAACGCACUGCUAAAGAGGUACUACUGCGAUGUCAACAUCAAUGACUUAAUCGGCUUCGACGAAGAGUUGGCGCAUCAGUUGGCAUCUGAGCCAGCCGAGGUCAUCCCUUUCGUAAGGACUAUGCAGCAGCUUAAUUCUCCAACUUCUGACGUGCCAUGGUUCGAAAAUGCUUUGAUGAAGUGCACCCAUCGCAUUGUCUUCCCUCACGAGCCCAAAACACAUCGCAAUCUCGAUUCGAUGGCUAUUGCUCGAUUGGUCCGGGUACCAGGUAUCGUCAUCGGUGCCUCCGUCAUGUCCUCAGAAGCAACAGAACUUCAUAUACAAUGUCAAAAUUGCGGACACACAAAAGCCAUUCCUAUCUUGGGUGGAUUCACUGGUGUAACUCUGCCCCGACAUUGUGCUAGUAGCAGAAUUCCCAACGAUCCCACGCCAAAGUGCCCCUUGGAUCCGUACUUUGUCGUACACGAGAAGUCACACUUCAUCGACCAGCAGAUCAUCAAGCUUCAGGAAGCACCUGAUCAAGUCCCCGUUGGAGAACUGCCAAGACAUGUUCUCAUCUCAGCCGACAGAUACCUAACAAACCGGGUUGUUCCUGGAUCGCGGUGCACUGUCAUGGGCAUCUUCUCCAUCUACCAAAAUAAGGCCUCCAAAAACUCAUCCAACGGUGGCGCAGUGGCUAUCCGCACUCCUUAUCUAAGGGCAGUUGGAAUCCAGUCAGACAUUGAUCAAGUAGCCAAGGGCAACGCCACUUUCUCAGAGGAGGAAGAGCAAGAAUUCUUGGAGCUGAGCAGACGGCCAGACAUUUACAACGUCAUGGCUGCUUGUAUCGCUCCUUCAAUUUACGGACACCGGGACAUCAAGAAGUCAAUUCUCUGCCUCCUGUUAGGUGGCUCAAAAAAGAUCCUCCCUGACGGCAUGAAACUUAGAGGCGAUAUCAAUGUACUACUUCUCGGUGAUCCUGGUACGGCCAAGUCUCAACUUCUAAAGUUUGUCGAGAAGACAGCACCCAUCUCUAUCUACACCUCCGGAAAAGGUUCAUCUGCCGCCGGGUUGACAGCGUCCGUCCAACGUGAUCAGUCUACCCGCGAGUUCUAUCUUGAAGGUGGUGCUAUGGUUCUGGCCGAUGGUGGAGUAGUGUGUAUUGAUGAGUUUGAUAAGAUGCGAGCCGAAGACCGAGUCGCUAUCCACGAAGCAAUGGAACAGCAAACCAUUUCCAUCGCCAAGGCCGGUAUCACCACCAUUCUCAACGCGCGAACAUCAGUCCUAGCUGCUGCCAAUCCCAUCUUUGGUCGAUACGAUGACAUGAAAACCCCUGGAGAGAAUAUCGAUUUCCAAACCACCAUCCUGUCGCGUUUCGACAUGAUUUUCAUUAUCAAGGAUGAUCAUUGCCGCGAGAAGGACGAGAAAAUGGCCAAGCACGUUCUUGGUAUCCAGAUGAAUGAUCGGGGAGCCGACGAAAUGGUCGAGUCUGAGAUCCCUAUCGACAAGAUGCGAAGAUAUAUAACCUACUGUAAGACUCGCUGCGCUCCUCGACUCAGUCCCGAAGCAGCUGAGAAGCUCUCCUCUCACUUUGUCUCUAUCCGUCGCCAAAUCCACGACGCCGAAAUAGAAGCCAACACCCGCUCCUCUAUUCCCAUCACAAUCCGUCAGCUGGAAGCUAUCGUGCGUAUCACCGAGUCUCUUGCCAAACUCACCCUCUCUCCCGUCGCCACCGAGGCGCACGUUGAUGAGGCUAUCCGGCUAUUCCUAUGCUCUACCAUGGACGCGGCCAACCAGGGCAGCAACCAGGGUAGCCGUGAGUUGAACGAGGAGGUGAACCGUCUCGAGACUGAGCUCAAGCGCUGUCUACCCAUCGGAUGGAGCACAAGCCUAUCCACACUACGGACAGAGAUGGUAGAGGGCAAGGGGUACAGUGAGCAGGCGUUGAAUCGAGCACUGAUGAUUCUACUGAUGAUUCUCCAGCGAAGAGAUAUAGUCAUGUUCAGAAAUCAGGGAGCACAGGUCUAUCGAAAUGGAGCUUAAUCAGGGAAUUAUUAUGAUGUAAUAAUGUAAAGGGCUUGGUUGGUCAUUUUAAGUAGCCGUCUUGAUGAUAGAUGUGUUAAUGAGUAACGAGAACGAAAUCAUCAC